UGAUCGCUUUAAUGUGUCUCCUUUUGGCAGGGAGGCUCAGAGGAAGUGAUGUAAACCCACAAAAUGGUGCUCAUGAAAAAAGCUAUACCACUGUUUAUUCACACCAAUGUCUGUUGAACAGCAGUACAGAUUGUGUCUGCAGAGUGUGGGAAAUUUUAUGCUGAAAUAGACUGAAGUGAUUCUGUCUGCCGCAGAUACACAGCAGUUAUUUUUCCAAGUAACAUGAUGUCAUCGAAAUGCAUGACUCCAAAAAUGUGACUAUCCAUGAUGACGUGGCUCCAUUUCAUCAGUCGUACAAAAAUGAAGCCAAAAUUUCCCACUUGUGAGGGCUGCCAUCUUGUACUUCAGGAGUCAGAGUCUGUGCAGUAGUGACUCUUAGUGGAGGAGUUGUUGGUCUCCUGUCUACAGCCCCACAUGAUUUAAACGUGAGCAUAUCCCAUGUGCUUUUUAUGUAGCCGGGGUUGUUCAGUUUUAACAUCUCUGCUGGUGGUUUUACUGCUCCUCACGACUCAGGAAAUUAAGGCAAAUAAAGCCAUGUUGGUUUAAUUAAAAAGGCACACAUCUUACCAUACUAUAGUUGUAUACAACAUCUAACAUCCCUUCCUUCAUCCUUGCUAACGUGUUAGCUGGAUUAGCAGUUAGCACACACACUGUUAGAAGGUUGUUGUUAUACACCAGUGUUGCUCAUAGUCGAGAUGUUUGACUAAUUAGUCAGUGUAACUUUGUUACCCUGAUUUUAGACAAGAGAAAUGACAGCUGCAUACACACCUCAGAAACACAGUGUUACUGUAAUUAUCUAAAGAUUCAAUGUUGCCUUUUGAGAUUUUAACAUAAAGAGAACUGGAGACUUACACUCUCUGAGCACUCUGCAGCCUGGUAACAUGGAAACUUUCAAUUGGAUCUUACAUUUAAAAACACAUCAGCAGAAAGUUUCUUUGAAGUAUAACUUUUUUCUUUUCAUUUAACAACAUGACCCAGAGUAGCAGUAGUUGUUAGUGUUUGUUUUUUAAAUCAACAGCUGCAUUUACUCAGGCAAAAACAAGUGAGGGAGACUAUCAGAGCCAAGCUGGGUCUGGAUUCUUGGGUCCAGUGGUUUGUAGAAACUUCCUACUAUUCUUUCAACACAGCUGUCCUGUGCCAGAUGUUCAUUUGACCCACUAGGGUAGACAUCGUGUCAGAAACAUCAGGAGGACUGAGGUUCAUUAGAGGGAUCAAGAAGAGCUCAGGCUUCACCAUCAGCUCCCUCAAAGGGAAGUCUUCAGAUCUCCACCGUAGGCCUAAAAGGAGGACAAACCCAGCACUUAAACAGUGUUUCUGAACUUUUACACAAUGGUGUUACAUUUAGUUCAGUAGAAAAUUAUUUAAAAUCUAAACAUAUAGUAAUUAGAGAGGUGUUGCCCUAAUAUGUUCAGAAGCUGAGCACAGCAGACAUCAUCAGUUUUCUUAAAUCCCAAACUGAGUAACUGUUUAUGCGCUUAAAGGUAAAGAGGAUAAUGGUACAUAAUGAUACCAAUUACAUGGAUAUAUAAUCCCUUUGACUUUCUUUCAUGAACUUCCUCAGUAAGGUAGCUGCAGCCUUCACUGACGGUAAAUAAUCUGGCAGUUUAGCCUUUGUUCUUUUUUUAAAUCAGGUCAUUUUUUGAGUUACUAUAAUUUUGCUCCAAAGUUAAAUAAAUGAAUUUAGCAUAAAGAGUGGGCAUAUUGGAUGAUUCAUCUGUCACUGGGUGGUGCUGAAAUCUGAGAGCAACUCCGGUAAUCAAAGAAUCAUCACAGUCAAAUGUGAAGUUUAUCCCUUAAAGCUCAUCCUUCCAUUAUCCUGACACACUUUGGUUCUGAACGUCUUAUAUAUUUUACAGUCUGCAAUUCUGAUGACAGCUGACAUGCAAAGUGUUUGUUAAAAAACAAAGCUAUAUAGAGCAAUAAAAUAAGCAUUAGUUCUUUCCAUGGAUUUUUAAAUUGGAUUCAGGUCGUGUGAUUGGCUGGGCCUGAUGGCAGUUGAUUUUUAUCAGGAAUGUCGGUAUAUUUUUCCAUUCAUCCUUCCUUCAGAUAUAUGAAGUGUGCGAGUGCCGUAUGCUGGAAAAAUGGCCCCACACCAUGAUGUUCUCACCUCCAAACUUCACUCUCGGUUUGGGGUGUUUGACUUUCAAACAUGGUGUGUAUUACAGCAUCCAAAGUUUUCAGUUUUGGUCUCGCCUGACCAGAAUAUGUUCUCCCAGUAUUUCACAGGCUUGUCUAAAUGUUGUUUAGUCAGGCUUAAAACACACUUCAGCAUGCUUUUUCUUCAGCGGUGGAGUCUUGUGUGGUCAUUGUGCAUACAGGCCAGUCGUACCUGCUGAUUCCAGAUCUCUUCUCAUAAUUCUUUUGACUCCCCUGUCUGAAAUCUUGCAGGGAGCAUCUGGUCAUGGCUGGUUUUGGUAAAACGAUGCUCUUUCCACUUCCACAUUAUAGCCCCAAACAGUACUAAUCACUAGAACAGUCUUCAGAACUGUUCUUGUAAGCGAUGCCAUCAGUAUGUUUUGCAGGAACCAUAAGGUUGCGCAGGUUUUGAAAGAGCUCAUUGGUUUUACCCAGUAUGAGAUGUUUCUUGUGUGACACCUUGGUAACGAUUCAGCUUUUCACAGUCACCAGUUGGGACUGAGCCAGCUGAUAUUAAUUUGCACCAAGUGGCAGGACUGCUUUAUAAUUACUGAUAGAUUUCAGCUUUUGCACCUCCCUUUCUUAAUGUGUUCAAUACUUUUUCACAGUUGUAGGGAAAAUGGAUUUGUGCUUUGAGCAGCAAAAUUGAGUAUGUGGGUUGCACCCACGAAAACUCACCAAAUCUUCCCUUCCAAACAGCAUAUUCUUCUAUUGAUUGGUGUCAUUUAUUGAUUUGGAUGAUUGAAGUCUGCCAUAUUGGCAGUUUAUGCAUUUGCCAAACAGGGCCUCAGUAGCACGUGAUGCUCCUCCACAUGCUGGUCACCAGCUUAGUCGUAUACCUGCAGGGUGGCUGGGCUCAGAAGGUAGAGCAGGUUGGAAGGUCUGUGGUUUGAUCGCUGGCUGCUCCAGUCUGCAUGCCAAAGUAUCAAAGACACUGAAGAUGGAUACUGUGUGUAAAUGUUAGACAGAAAGCACUUGAAUUAAUAUGUGUGACUGGGUGAAUGAGGCAUGGUGUAGAAACAUGUUCUUUCUGUUAGUCCAGUUUACUGCAGAACACCUUAUUGUCAGUUUGAAACAGCAGGUUGUGGUUAUGGAAAGUAAACAGUAGACCUUCUCUCAGUAUCUAGACUCUGCCUCCAGUUACCAAGGAGAUACACCCAAAAUUCUCUAACUGUUGCUGCUCAUCAAACUUCUAAGAAAGAUGCAAGGCAUCAUAAAGGUAGACAGUGAUUCGGAGCAGAAGUUUAUGGAGGGUACGUUGGGAGAGGUGCCCAGCCUGGCACCAACAGAGCCACAGACACCCAUGGACGCUGACAAGGCCUCCAUAUAUCGGCAUCCUCUGUUCCCUCUGUUGGCCCUGCUGUUUGAGAAGUGUGAGCAGUCCACGCUGAGCUCUGAUUGCAUCACCUCAGCAAGCUUUGAUGUGGACAUUGAGAAUUUUGUCCGUAAUCAAGAGAAGGAGGGGAAACCUUUCUUCAGCGAAGACCCUGAACUUGACAACUUGAUGGUGAAAGCCAUCCAGGUGCUGCGGAUCCAUCUGCUGGAGCUGGAGAAGGUGAGCGACCUGUGCAAGGACUUUUGCAGUCGCUACAUCGCCUGCCUCAAGACUAAGAUGAACAGUGAGACUCUGCUGAGUGGUGACCCGGGAAGCCCAUACUCACCUGUACAAGGCCAGGCCCAGAGCUUCUCACCCACCAAGUCUCAGACCCCCAGCUCCAUAUCAGGGACCAUUAGUCCCCAGGGUCAAAUUGUAGUUCCAGCAUCGGCCCUUCAGCAAGGAAACGUUACCGUGACAGCUGUCAACCCCACCCAGGUGGUCGCAGGUAUGUCAUCUUGGCGUACGACCCCUUCCUCAGGCGGGACUGUGUACCAGCCAGUCACAGUCGUAACUCCUCAGGGCCAGGUGGUAACACAGGCUCUUUCUCCCGGGACAAUACGCGUCCAGAACAAUCAGCUUCAGCUGCAGUUUCACCAGGACUUGAACCUCUUUAGUCAUGAGGACAAUUCAACCAAGAACAAGCGCGGCGUUCUUCCAAAACAUGCCACGAAUGUCAUGCGCUCAUGGCUCUUCCAGCACAUCGGGCAUCCAUAUCCCACAGAGGAUGAAAAGAAGCAGAUUGCUACUCAAACAAACCUGACACUUCUGCAGGUCAACAACUGGUUUAUAAAUGCACGGAGACGGAUCCUGCAGCCCAUGUUGGAUGCCAGCUCUUCAGAGACACCCAAAGCCAAGAAAAAGACACCUCAAAACCGGCCACUGCAGCGCUUCUGGCCUGAUUCCAUCGCAGCAGGAGGAGGGACCCAGCAGCAAGUUACCAUGCCUGAUGGUACAAUGGUGACGAUGAACGUGGAGGGUCUGCAGAGCCUGACAUCAGACGGUGCCACGCUGGCAGUACAGCAGGUGAUGCUGGGAGGCCACAGUGAAGACGAGUCGGGGGACAGCGGAGAUGAGGACAAUGACGCGGACAUGGCGGGGCUGGGCCUGGACAAUAGCAACUCAUUGCAGUAGAGGACAAGCACCGCCCACACGCAGAGGACACACAAAAUGAGUUCGACAGAACAGAGGUGCGUCCGUUUGAUUUCCACAGAGCACAGGACACACUGGGACGGACCCUGCCUCCACCCUGCUGAACGGCGGUUGUUGCUGCACGUGUAUGUCAGGAGUGUCAUUUCACAAACAGUUUUUUAUUAUAUAAAUGAUGUAGGUGAGUGCACUUUUUGUAUAUUUAAGCUCAAAAAGAUGAAAUCAAACUGAAAAACAAAACAAGUGUUAAAAACACCUGAGACAAGUUUGUAUACUCCGUUAAUAAAUGUUGACUUUUUUUGUCCCCGCCCCCGUCCCCCCCCUGCUCCCAGCUAGAUUGUCAUUUUGGAUGAGACCACUUCUGUCUUGUUCUUGUAUCUCUGGUUUGUCUUGACUUUUGCAUGCUUGUGUUUUAAGUAGAUGUGUGCUCUUAUGACUGACUCCAUGGCUCACACUGCCCCCUGCAGGCAGAGUAGAGCACAGGUGGAGAGAUUAAAAGUAAAUUAGAGGAGAGAUGCUUAUUUUUCUAUACAAACAUAUGAAAUGAGUGUUUUUUUGUUUGAUUUUUGGUUUCAUUUUUGUGUUCUCCUGUUUUGUAAGAAAUAUUUAUGUACAGAUUCAUAAUAAAUGCUGUGACCCUGUUUUCCAGGGUUCUUUUGAAGUUUUCUAAAAAACAGAAAAAGAAAUUGAAUGCUGAUGAAAAUUACUAUUUAAAUUGGUUUUAAGCUUAAAAUAUUAACAAGGCCUUAUCUGUGUUCUUUUCUAAAAUAAAUCUUACCAAGAAGCACAAAAAGGAAGUAUGACCCUUGGAGAAAUUGGCCAAAAAGACACUAAACAGUGGAACACUUGUGGCUCCGUAAAGCAUAUUUUUACUUUGUGUACUGCAGUAUCACGGGAACCCUCUCCAGCAGCAAAGCGACUGCAGCGUUCCCGUCUUUGUUUGGCCCACAAUGUGUAUACCAUACAUUAUGUCUUUUAACCAUCUUACAGUAGUAGCGUAGGUGUCACUUUCUAAAAUGCACAAUCCAGAACACUAUGCUAACCACACAAUCAGGAGGGGUUACGAACUCCAUCAAUAAGAAGCAGUGGACUUUUUGCACGCAUUUAGCUUUUAUUUUAUGUACACGCUACAUACAUGCUGUUGCAUUGAAAACAGAGCAGCUGGAAACUUGGAGUCAUUGCCCUCCUGAAGGAAUGAUCCCAAGGGCUGCAGCUGCGACCAUGACCCCCCGCCCCACUACACACACACAGUGAAGGAUCUGAAAGCUCCAUCAGUUUGACAUUACUGCACAUAUUGGGGUGCCUCUUGUUUAAAUAACUGUAAUGCUGUACUGUAAAACAGUUGUUUGUAAGUAGUUGCAGUAACUCAGUUUUUAUCCCUCUUGUAAAGUUAACUUUGUUCAUUUGAUUCAGUCUGAGGGUUUAAUGGCUACGCGUUGCCCUCGCUGAACUCUGUCACCUCUGUCUAGCUUUUUUGAAGCAUUCACUUUUCUCUUGUACUUCUCGCUCGUCUGUUUUGCCUUAGAGCUUUCUAUUUUGGAAUAAAUGAUGCCUAACUC